AUGGACAUAGAUCAAGAUGCUCAUUCACUCUUCACUCCAGAACUCGAGGAAGAAAGAGAUCAGAAAGAAGACAGGGCGCGUCUACAGAUGUGGAAUACAGAUGCUUUGUCGAUGGGUUGCCCUAGGCCACCACCGAGCAGUCCCUUGAACAAGCCUUUGAUGAUCUAUUCAAAGAUCAUCAAUGAUCGCGAGAUUGGAAGGUCAAGGGGAUUUAGGCCCUCCUGCAAUGACAUUGAUCUCGCCAAUGGGGGUCUUGAUGACCUCGGUUCCCGUCCUUCGGCUACCUUCUAUUUAUCUUUGCAGUCAUUUGAAACAAAAUGCAACAAUCUUCCUCUUCGGAUCAAAGAUUCUAUUUGA